AUGCAAAUGCUCGAAGAGAUCUAUUACGACCCAGCACACCCUGCGGGCUACGUGGGUGCACGAAAUCUGGAACGGGCGGCUCGCGGCGAAAAGACUCGAACGAUGAUAAAGAAAUGGCUGGCUGCACAGGAUACGUACACUUUGCACAAAUCCGUGCGAAGAAACUUUGAAAGAGCAAGAUACGAGGUUUUCAACAUCGACGAAGUGUGGGAGGCUGAUCUGGCCGAUUUGAGCUCGAUAAGAAGAAAAAAUAACGGACAUCGCUAUUUGCUGGUGUUCAUCGACGUUUUGAGCAAAUACGCCUGGGUUGUACCCCUGAAGUGUAGAACAGCCAAUUUCGUAGCAGGAAGAUUACAACACGUGCUAACCACAACCCCGCGUAGACUUGUUUUACUGCAGACCGACAAGGGUGAGGAGUUUGUCGGACAAACAUUACGAAAGCUUCUUUCGGACAACGGCAUACGAUAUCGUACUACCUUCAAUCCCGAAAUUAAAGCGGUCAUCGUCGAACGCUUCAACUGGACACUCAAGAAGCGACUCUGGCGUUAUUUUACGCAUAAAAAUAGUCAGCGCUACGUGGACGUUUCACCACUCAUCUUUCAAGCGUACAACGAGACACGUCACUCGAGUAUCGGUAUGUCCCCUGCUGAGGUGACGCUAGAGAACGCUGCAGAAGCGCGGGCUUACAUGCAGAAGCGGUAUCCAGCACGUCGUAUCGGCAGACCCCAAUUUCGCGAAAACGACAUCGUGCGGAUCAGCAAAACCGAAGGAACUUUUCAGAAAGGCUACGAGGCAAACUGA